AGGUCAGAGGUCAAAGACUGCCGUUCUCUCCACUACAUUUGAACACGACAGCCAUUAAACAGGGGCAGGGUGAGGUUUCAGCUGGAGGCUCGGCCAUGGAGGGGGACUGCCUCAGCUGUAUGAAAUACCUCAUGUUCAUCUUCAACUUCUUCAUCUUUCUGGGCGGCUCCUUCCUGCUGGGCGUUGGCGUUUGGGUUCUGGUGGACCCGAUGGGCUUCAGGGAGAUCGUGGCGGCCAACCCGGUUCUGUUCACGGGGGUCUACGUCAUCCUGGCCAUGGGCAGCAUGCUGUUCCUGCUCGGCUUCCUGGGCUGCUGUGGAGCCAUCCGGGAGAACAAGUGUCUCCUGCUCUUUUUCUUCAUGCUCAUCCUCUUCAUCUUCCUCGCCGAGCUGGCAGCAGCCAUCUUGGCGUUCCUCUUCAGGGAACACUUAACCAGAGAGUAUUUCAGCAGGGACCUGAAGCGUCACUACCAAGGUCACAACAACACCGACGUCUUCACGUCCACAUGGAACGCCAUCAUGACCACGUUCGACUGCUGUGGCGUCAGCGGCCCCGAGGACUUCCAGGAGAGCCUCUUCAGGCUCCUCAGCCCCACUAAGAUGGUCCCCGAGGCCUGUUGCCAGGGCAACGGUUACCCCGGAGACGUCAGCGUGGAGCAGUGUGUGAGCGGCAGCAUGGUCUUCAGACACAACAAGGGCUGUUACUCUGCGAUGGUCGACUACUUUGAGACGUACAUUUACACAGCAGGAGCUCUGGCCAUCGUCGUGCUGACCAUUGAACUCUUCGCCAUGGUGUUUGCGAUGUGUUUGUUCAGAGGCAUCCAGUAAACGUCUGCGUCCACACACAUCGUCUCCAGCCGUCGGAGAGGCACAAGCAGAGGGAAAACAAAAACUGUAAAAUAUGAAAUGUAUUUGUACAGUGAUAGUUUACGUGUCUCAUUGGUCUUGUGACAUCAUUUUGUACUUCACAGCAGCAGCAGUGGGGCGUUUGAGGAACUGCUUUGGGCACAAUAGACACACACAGGAAGUAAUCCACGACCUGAGGUUCUGCACUGUCCGCACUGUUUUCUCAAAAGUACAGGAUUAACUCUGGUGCUAAGAGGUUCUACGAGCUGAACUGUGAGGGAGAAACUGAUUUAUAGACGGUUGCUUCAGUCCAGGACCAAUCAAAGUCAUGUGUCCACGAUGAUUGAUAAUCAGAAUCAGGGUGAGUCUGCACAACACAGUUCAGGUCAAAACAGCACACUUUGAUAAUCAUAGAUGUCAGGAUUAUUGAAAACAAAAUGUGAUUCAACAAUUGAAACAAGAACCUG